CGGAAGCAAAACAAGUCCGCAACACGAGCGCUGGUGCUCACGGUGCUACUGUGUUAGUUUCUUCUUAUUAAAAAUCUUUUUGUUCCCACCUGAUUGUGUCCUCUUCGCCAGACUGGUACAGAUGUUCGUUCCUCCUGGAGAAGAUCUGGUCAACCAAUGGGAGAGCGAGCAGGCUCGUCUCCGACUGCAGGUCAUGGAGGAAGACACUGAGGACUGGCAGCGAAGUCCAGACUUCUCUGGCCUGGAGAGAGUCGGAGGAGUGGACCUGUCUUUCAUCAAAGGGGAUGACGUCAACGCCUGCGCCCAACUCGUGGUGCUCAGCUACCCCGACAUGGAGGUGCUCUAUGAAGACAGUCAGAUGGUGACCCUGACGGCCCCCUACAUAGCUGGCUUCCUGGCCUUCAGAGAAACCCCAUUCCUUCUGGAAGCUCUGCAGCGGCUGGAGAGGAAUCAGCCCAAACUUCUACCUCAGGUGGUGUUUGUGGAUGGGAAUGGCCUCUUCCACUACAGAGAGUUCGGCCUGGCGUGUCAUCUCGGAGUGCUGUCGGGGAUGCCGUGUGUGGGCGUGGCCAAGAACCUGCUGCAGGUGCAGGGUGUGAACAAGAGUGAAGAGCACCAGUUACAGAUAUCUGCUCUGCAGAAAGGAGGAGACAGCUUCCCACUCACAGCCGCCUCAGGGAAAGUGCUUGGAAAGGCUUUGCGAAGCUCCGACAAGAGCUCUAAGCCGGUGUACGUGUCCGUCGGCCACAAGAUCAGUGUGGACACAGCUGUACGCCUCACACACUCCUGCUGCCACUACCGGGUCCCAGAGCCUAUCAGACAGGCUGACUAUCGCUCCAGAGAAUACCUUCGCAUACACUUCCCAGGUGCAGAUACAUGAAACAAAGAAAUUAGUUAAAAAAAGAUGCAACGGCAGAUCUCAAGAACUCUGAAGACCAGCAAGUACAGAAGACCUGUGUGUGUGUGUGUGUGUGUGUGCGUGUGCGUGUGCGUGUGCGUGUGCGUGUGCGUGCGCGUGCGUGUGUGUAUGUCGGCCAAUACUAAAACAACAAGACAGAUUAAAUCUUUUUUUUUUAUGUACUCGCCCCAUAUUCAAACUGGAUAUGGGUCAGACCGGCUCUUUUUAUACACUGUUCUCAUUACAUUUUUGGGUCACCCAGGUUUUUACACUGGGAACCUCGUGAAUAAAUCAUAAAUGUCCCUGGU